AUGAAUGCAAGCACUAUUAAAUGUGAAAGGGAAACACCAGGAAGAAGAAAUUUGUGUGUGGUAGAUUAUGAUAUUCCAGUUAACAAAUGUGUUAAAAGGCAACGAAAAUCUCCUACUGUUGCGGCUAUAGUGAAUGAUGAUAAUCACAAUGGCCAAAAGUCACCAAAAGCUGAUCAAAAAAAUAUUGUUCAAACUCCUACUACUAAGAGAAGUUCAAGAUUCAGAGGUGUUAGCAGGCAUCGGUGGACAGGGCGUUAUGAAGCUCAUUUGUGGGAUAAGGCUUCUUGGAAUGUUACUCAGAAAAAGAAGGGGAAACAAGUCUAUCUUGGAGCAUACGACGAAGAAGAAUCAGCAGCAAGAGCUUAUGAUUUGGCAGCAAUCAAGUACUGGGGUUCAUCAACUUUCACCAAUUUUCCCAUAUCUGAUUAUGAGAAGGAAAUUGAGAUCAUGCAAAAUAUGACAAAGGAAGAGCAUUUAGCCUCUUUAAGAAGAAGAAGCAGUGGUUUUGCCCGAGGUGUAUCUAAGUACAGAGGAGUUGCAAGGCAUCAUCAUAAUAAUAGAUGGGAAGCAAGAAUUGGACGAGUUUUUGGUAACAAAUAUCUAUACUUAGGUACUUACAGUACUCAAGAAGAGGCAGCUCGAGCUUAUGACAUUGCAGCAAUUGAAUACAGAGGAACUAAUGCGAUGACUAACUUUGACAUGAACACAUACAUUAGAUGGCUAAAACCAAGUGCCAAUUCUCAAAUGCCAUUCCAAGAUUUAGCAUCAGAAAAUCAGCCUAUACGAACUAAUAUCACUAAUGACAUGAUUAACCCGUUAAACGACUCUUCAUACUCAUUCAAUCCCAAUUAUUUCACCAUCAAUACUGAAAAACUGUAUGAUAUACCACAAAGCCAGGAACCUGUUGAAAGAAAAAUGCCAUUAAUUAGUCCUCGCAAGAAAUCAUCCUCACCUACUGCUCUAAGCCUUCUGCUUCGAUCCUCCAUGUUUCAAGAGCUUGUUGAGAAGAAUUCAAGCACUGCUUCUGAUGAGACUGAAGAUAAUAACAUGAAGAACAGAACACAAUUAAGCACAGAAAACGAGUGUGUGUUUUACACAAACGAUAAGUUGCCAAAAUUGGAGUCUUUGGAGAAUGGUACAACUUCAGCUUUGUGUGAUAGAGCAGAGGAGCAGUUCUUUUGGAAUCUGAUGGCUUAA